GUGUUCCCAUUCUCAUUGGAGAAAAACCAAAGCACCAAACACACACACUUCUUUUGCUUAAUCAAUUCCCUUUCCUUCUUCUUUCUCUUUCUCUCUCGUUUUCAAUUUUCACUACUCGAUUUCACUGUCACUGAAUACAAACUAGUAUAUAAGAUCAUCAUCAUCAUUUGCAGCACUUGCAAUUUUUCCAUUUUGCUUUCAUUCACCUCCACCGCAAGUGCAUUAUUGACGACGGAACCGGCGAAAAAUGCGGCGGCGGGCUGCCGAGUUUCGGCGCCCGGUUCGGCGGAGAUUCUCUCAUUGGAUCUGCUUGCUUCUCUGCGCGUUCUCUGUUGCGGGUUUGGUGUUGUUCCUUGUGCAACACAAUCACCAUGAAGAUCGUGUUCAACGUCCUGUUCUGGAUAGGAAUGCAAAAGUUGAACAUUUUGCUAAGAAGAGUUUGAAUUUUACUGAAGAAAUUUUAGGUGCAAAAUCCUUUUCGAGGCAAUUAGCACAGCAAAUGGUGCUCGCCAAGGCUUAUGUGAUUAUUGCCAAAGAGCACAAUAAUCUUCACCUAGCCUGGGAGCUUAGCUCCAAGAUUAGGAGUUGCCAGCUUUUACUUUCAAAAGCUGCCAUGACUGGGGAACCUGUCACCUUCGAGGAAGCGGAACCAAUUAUCAAAAGCCUAUCUUCACUCAUUUUCAAGGCACAAGAUGUCCAUUAUGACAUUGCAACCACUCUAGUGACGAUGAAAUCGCAUAUUCAAGCUCUUGAAGAGCGCGCCAAUGCAGCGACAGUUCAAAGCACUGUAUUUGCUCAAAUAUCAGCUGAAGCACUGCCAAAGAGUCUUCAUUGCUUAAAUGUGAAACUUACUGCUGAUUGGCUAAAGACGCCAUCGUUGCAAAAACUCUCAGACGAGCGGCGAAAUUCCCCCGGGCUCAUGGACCACAAUCUAUAUCAUUUCUGCAUUUUUUCAGAUAAUGUACUAGCAACAUCUGUAGUUGUUAACUCCACAGUCUUCAAUGCUGACCAUCCACAACAACUGGUCUUUCACAUUGUCACUGAUGCUAUCAAUUAUGGAGCAAUGCAAGCAUGGUUCCUCAGCAGUGACUUUAAAGGAGCCACCAUGGAGGUGCAGAACAUUGAGGAGUUUGAUUGGUUGAAUGAGUCUUAUUCUCCGAUUGUCAAACAGCUACUCAAUCCAGAAUCGCGAGCCUUCUAUUUCGGGGCAUAUCAAGAUCUUAACAUUGAACCAAAAUUGCGGAACCCCAAGUUUUUGUCUUUACUAAAUCAUCUUCGAUUUUACAUCCCUGAGAUCUAUCCACAACUUGAGAAGAUUGUUUUCCUUGAUGAUGAUGUUGUUGUGCAGAAGGACCUGACUCCACUUUUUUCACUGGACUUGCAUGGAAAUGUAAAUGGUGCAGUUGAAACUUGUCUUGAAGCGUUUCAUCGUUUCUACAAGUAUCUCAACUUCUCAAAUUCAAUCAUAAGCUCAAAGAUUGAUCCACAGGCAUGCGGAUGGGCAUUUGGUAUGAAUGUUUUCGACUUGGUUAAAUGGAGGAAAGCAAAUGUGACUGCAAGAUAUCACUAUUGGCAGGAGCAGAAUGCUGAUGGUUCACUCUGGAAGCUUGGUACACUUCCUCCUGCUCUUUUAAGCUUUUAUGGUUUGAUAGAACCACUUGACAGAAGAUGGCAUGUUUUAGGAUUGGGUUAUGACCUUAAUAUUGACAAUCGCCUGAUCGAAAGUGCGGCAGUUAUUCACUUCAAUGGGAACAUGAAACCAUGGCUGAAAUUAGCUAUAGGAAGGUAUAAGCCACUAUGGCACAAGUACAUAAAUCAAAGUCACCCUUAUCUUCAAGAUUGUGCCAUAGAAUAAAAUGCACUACUUCUCAAUUGCUUUUUUGCAUGAGCCAUUACUGUAGAGGCAGAUGUAGAAAGUUUUGACUUGGCUAGGAAUUUUGUUAUUCUUUGUUCUUUACCUUUUAUAUUUCAGUCAGUGUCUUGAAAUAGAAAAGAAUGAUAUUCUUAUGCACUACAAAGUUUAAAUGAGUUAGGUGAAGAGAUGUGGGAGAAUCCAUUUUUGGCUGGUGGAGCUAUCUUUUUCCCCUUCUACAAGCUGUAGAUUUAUUUGUUCUUUAGUAAUUAUUGUGACAAUUAUAAGCUCUUUCAAAUAGUAAUGUAAUUGAAAGGAAACAAAAUUCUUCUUCUCCCAUCUCCAUGGUAUAAUUUCUUAUUG